CGGCCGUUUGGGUGUUUGGGUUCGGCCGUUUGGCCUGUUUGGAACUAGGCAGUUUGAUAGGAAUGCAGGGGACAAAGUUAAAGAUUGCGACCCUGCAAGCAGGUUCGGCAAUGGAGAGAGCUGUGGAGCAGAGCUCUGCAAAGAUGAAGUCAAAUUGGCAGUCGAUGAGAGAGUCAUGGGUGUCGAAGGUGAAGCCGACAGUGCAGGCAAAGCUCAGCGCUGCAGCAGAAGUGGCCCAAGAAUCGGGAUCUCGACUAAGGAAAGGAAUGAUCGAGACGAAGGAAACCUUAUCCGUAAAGACAAGCCAGGCAGCACGUAAAGCUGCCGAGUCAAGCAAACAAGCUCUUGAGAAGCUCGAGAUGCUCGACUGGCGUAAUAGGGGAAUGAUGUACAAAGGUGUUUUCGGGGUUCCGUUGGAGGUGACUACCCAGAGGCAAGGCGGUGGGCGGUUGGUCCCUCGAAUUAUCAUCAAGUGUGUAGACUUCCUCAUUGUUUCAGGGUUGACGUACGAGUAUUUGUUUAAGGAUGAAGGCAGUCCUCGAGACCUUCAGGCAUUGGUAGAUGCCUUUAAUCAAGACCGAGAGGCUUCUAUUCCCCCUGGGACGAGCCCCGCAACUGUUGGGGCUCUCAUCAAGCACUACUUCAGUGUGCUCCCGGAACCGGUUUUGACGUGGGCCCUGUACGAUGACAUUGUGGACGCACAUGGAAGCAGUUUCCGCCGUCUGCGUGAAAUCAUGGGAGCCUUGCCACCAGCAAAUCGCGCGACUCUGGAGUGCAUCACUGCGCUGCUCUUGAGAGUGAGCAAGAAGUCGAGCCUGAACAAGAUGGAUGCUCAUAGGUUGGCUAUCGAGUUUGCGCCAGUGCUGCUGUGGCCGAAGCCAACCGCUGGAGCUUCGAUUAGCAGGCGAGGAGCAACUCAAGCAGCGGAGAACAAUGGCAUGGCGGCAUCGCUGACUGCGAUCUUCAGAGCAGUGCAGCUCAACGGAGACGACACACGAAAGGAUCAUCCAGAGGAUGGCGAUGAUUACCCUGCACAGAUUCCGCUGGAAGAUGAGCCAUCAAGUGCCGAGUUCUCGGUCAUUGCGGCUGUCCAAACGCUGAUCGAACGGCACGACGUCAUCUUUGCAGAUGCUGCCGAAGAGAUUUGGCGAAGCAUGGGUGUGUAGCGGAGGAUCUUGUCUUGUAGCGAGGGUAAACUCGGCAAUCCGUAAGCGGUCGAAAAUAGGGUGUUGGAUGGGGUGGUUGAAAUGGGCCGCUGUGCCCCGAUAGAGGGGGAGAGCAAAUUUGUGAUAGGAGGACACACAGAGAAGCAGGGGAAGAGGGGGUUUGGGGUGCGGGAGCUGUGGAUAUUCAUUUCUGUCCCUGGUGGCGAUACUGCCUGAUACACGCAUGUCAGGUCAGGCUAUUGCUGCAGGCUUUUGUCUGUGGAUAUUCAUUUCUGUUCUUAGUGGUCAUACUGCCUGAUACACGCAUGUCAGGCUAUUGCUAAAGGCUUUUGAGGCUAUUGCUGCAGGCUUUUGAGGCUAUUGCGGCAGGCUUUUGUCUGUGGAUAUUCAUUUCUGUUCUUAGUGGUCAUACUGCCUGAUACACGCAUGUCAGGCUAUUGCUAAAGGCUUUUGAGGCUAUUGCUGCAGGCUUUUGAGGCUAUUGCGGCAGGCUUUUGUCUGUGGAUAUUCAUUUCUGUCCUUAGUGGUGAUACUGCCUGGUUUACACGCAUGCGUGUCGGGGCAAUUGCUCCAGGCUUUUGUCUUCUUUAGACUCUUAUACACAGUGGCACACGGAAACAAUUGGUGGAGACGAAACCUGAGUGGCUGCUGCGACGUGGCUGUCCCUCUUGUUUACAUCUGCACUCGGCAUAGUAUAAUUACAGAAGGGCAAAUCACUACAGCACCGAAUGAAUGCUGUUGGCGAAG